GCGUAAUGUUUAUUAUUUUGGUGUAAUAUUUUAUGUUUUUCAAAAACAAUUUUUAUAGAAAAUAAAACGAUCCUAUAAAUGAACUAUCAUGUAUUUACUUAGAAAAUGUCGUAUAAUAAUUUCACAAAGAUUUUUGUCAACGCAAAUUUAUCCUGAUAUCGAUACAAAUUACUAUUGUAAUUCAAAAAACGUUAUUGAAAUAAAACAGAAUAUAUCUCGAAGAAAAGGCGUGGGCAAUAUUGAUAGAGUUCUCGACUUAUUUCAAUCAUUACAAAAACCUCACAAUGACAAAUCGUAUAAAUUACUGAAUGAGAACCUUUGCAAGGAGUUGAUGCUAUUACCAAAUAAAACACAUCCUGUUGUACAGAAUUAUCAGGAAGACCCUCAUAUUUUACAUUACAUUAACCAGAAAAAAGAUUUCGGAUCACAUAAGCCUUUAGAAUUCAGUGAAAUUUGCCAAGUUUUAAACUUAAUUAGAACUGAUAAACUUGGUUACACUUGCGGCAAUAAAAGCUAUUAUUAUUUAGGAGAUUUAGCAGAAUAUGAAGAGGCUCUUAUUAAGUAUACUGUUGCUUAUUUAUUAAGAAAAGGCUUUCAAUUAAUAUCUGUACCAGAUAUUAUAUCUGGUGAUGUUAUUCGCAACUGUGGUAUGGUACUAGAUAAUCAACACACACAGAUUUACUCACUUGAUCCUGUUCUUCAUUCACCAGAUUUAUACCUAUGUGGCACUGCAGAACUUCCCCUCGCAGGCUUGUUAGCUGAUACUACACACUGCAUUACAGAGUUACCUCUGAAAUUAGCAGCUGUAAGUAGAUGCUACAGGGCUGAAACUUCUAACGUAGUCGAAGAAAGAGGAACUUACAGAGUGCAUCAAUUUACAAAGGUUGAAAUGUUUGCUGUUUCCGAGGCAGACAAGUCGGAUGAAAUGCUAGAAUAUAUAAGGGAAACCCAAGAAGAAUUGUAUAGACCACUCGGUUUGCACAUGAAAGUAUUAGACAUGCCUCCACAUGAGCUCGGAGCACCAGCAUAUAGAAAAUAUGACAUCGAAGCUUGGAUGCCUGGUAGGAGUUUAUAUGGAGAAAUAUCGAGUUGCAGUAAUUGUACCGACUACCAAUCGAGGCGCCUUAAAAUACGGUAUAGAGAUGGGUGCGAAGUAAAAUAUGCCCACACCCUGAAUGGAACGGCGUGUGCUGUACCCAGAAUGCUGAUCGCGCUGCUUGAAACACAUCAGCAUCCGAAAGGGAAAAUAUUGAUACCAGAAGUAUUGCAGCCUUUUAUGAACGGCAAGCAAUUCAUAGAGAAGAAUGCGAAGAUACCUAAAUUGAAGCUGUUGAAAAUAAAGAAUAAGAUUUGAUUACUCUUUGCGAUUCGUGAGAAUUUGUUCCACUUACUUUUAGCAGGCCUGUCUCACUUACCGUGUAGGUAUUGAAAUCGUAAGUAUGCGCGGCGGCCUCUACAGAGUAGGCCAGCCAGUAGGGACUCACGAGCAGUCACGCACACGUGCUAUGUUGUCACCUACUUCACAGUUCCGAGCGAUAUUUUAAAAAUGAUGAAACAAAUAAAGCAAUGCAUAUUAAUGGUCAUUGCGAUGGAAAUUUAAUUUUUUUAACCUUCCUAAAUAUGUUGCAACAAUCUAGUUUAAAGUGAUUAAUAUUGUACUGCAAUUACCAUUUAUGAUAUUUACCUAAUUAUUUUCGUAUGUACUAAGUAGGUUUGACUAGUUUGACAACGAAAGAAUAUUGAUUUUAAAUAACAACUACAAACCUUUUUAUAUUAUAGAAAAAACUUAGCUAUUUUUAUAAGAUGACCUUAUACUAAGUUGGUAUAGUAUUAGGUACCUAAAGAAAACAACCCUAAUGUCGUCAGUUAAUUGUCUAAUAUUUUUAACCGCGUAUGCUGCAGAACUAAGUCUGUUCGCCAAUCCUUCAAUAUGGGGGCCCCAUUGUAAUUUAGAAUCUAGAGUUAUGCCAAGAAAUAUAGCAGAUUCCACCGGUUCUAUUACCUCUCCGUUUAACAAAAGACUUGCAUCUACUUAUUUGACAAUUACGGUAACUUUAAUGUAUUUAGUUUUCUUGCUAUUUAACAAUAGGUUAAACCAGUACACGAUGUCAGAAUAUUGUUCACUUCGUAAUACAUAGCUUGGUUUCUUUUCACUUUGAAAAUCAGUGAAGUGUCGUCCGCAAACAAUGCUACCUUAUGUUUUUUCUCUAUAAGAUUAGGAAGAUCAUUUAUGUAGGUAAGGAAGAGGAACGGUUCAAGAAUAGACCCUGGUGGUACCCCCAUACUGAGGGGAGUCCCAGGAGAUCUCCUGCCAUUCACGUCGACCUUCUGAAUUCUAUUGUUUAGACAUGAAGUCAGAAGAUCGAGCACAGUUCCUUUUAUGCCAUAGUGGUAUACCUUCCUGACCAGCGUUGAAUGUUGAACGCAAUCAAAAGCCUUAAAUAAAUCACAGAAGAUGCUAAAAAUAUUCUUGAUUAGCUCAACACCUGCAUCCGUUGUUGAACGUCCCCUAAUAAACCCAAAUUGUUUCAAAUGAAGUAACUUAUGAGAGUUCAAAGUAACUAAGCACUUGGAUUAAAAUUAAUUUUUCAAAAUUUUUAAUAGGGGUCGGCAAAACAGACACAGGACGAUAGUUAUUCGGGCUAGAAGAGCAUCCCGACUUAAAUAUUGGUGUAAUUUUACUAUGUUUCAGAAGGUCAGGAAAUACGCCACGAUAAAUACAAUUAUUAAAGAUUAUUGCAAGAUAAGGUGCUAUGAUGUCAAUUAUUGAACUUAUUAUUUUAACUGAAAUACCCCAUAUAUCAGCAGUAUUUUUCAUGUCGAGAGACUUAAAAGUUUUAAUUAUUUCUCCAGGGCUAACAAAACUAAAAUUGAAACUUUGUUGACAUUCUCUAACAUUUUCCAGAAGAAGUGACUGAGCAACACUGGUGACAAGAGUGCUUGUAAUAGAAACUGGAAUGUCAGAAAAAAAAAUUCUCAAAAGCAGAAGCAACUUCCUGCUGAGAUUGAAUUAUAUGUUAUGUAUGUAUGUGUUUCUCUAUUUUGAAAAGAUCGGUCGUUUCGGUGAAGUAGGUGACGAUUAAAGCUCGUGGGUGCGUCACUGCACGCUCGUGAGCACUUGUGUGUCCCUACUGGAUAGCCACGCUGGCGUGGCCGUCGCGCGUGUAACAGCUCUAGCGGCACUGCAUUGAAAUUUGUAUGCAGGUACCAAUAGGUACAAUAGUAGUGGGCAGGUCGACUCACUUAACAUCAGAUGAACGACUUGCUAGUCUCUUUAACCUUCCUCAUAAAAAAUAUUCACAUGUAUGUAAUAGGGAUUAGUAAUAGGUUAAUUGAAAAUAGUAACAAAAAGGUCAAAAAUAGGAAUUCGAUUACAAUCGGAUCGGAUCGUCAAUUUUGAGUUUACGAUUGAAUAGUAACUUAGGUACCUCCUAUAAAUUAGAUAGUAGGUAAGUAAACUCGGUAUACGGAAUGAGAAGUAAUGCGUCAUUUGUUCAGCAGGUUUAAGAGCUUGGACAUUAAACUUGACCGUUUGCUACAUAUCACGUCAUACAAGGCAAAUAUGCUGCACGUUUCUAAUUAUUAAGCGGCAAUGGAUAGAUUUAUUAAGUUUUCUGCUUGACUGAAAUAGUAAUGUGAAAAUGAGUUAUGUUAUCAAUAGUACAAUAAAAUCAAAAUCACUUUAUUCAUCUCGGUCAAGGAAAUGAUACUUAUGUGUAAAUUUUUUUUUACCAUAUACCAGCACUUUGGAAAAGGUUGGGCUUUAACGAGAAGAAGUAGCAAGAAACUCGAUGCCACCUUUUAAAUCAACAUUUAUAUUUCAUCGUUUUACAUGUUAUUUUAAUUACAAUAGGAAUAAAGUGAUGCAACAAAAAUACUCAA